ACUGCGCGUUGUGUGUGUGUGUGUGCGCUCGCUCGCUCCCGUCUGCCCCUGCACUACCGGUAAGUCUCUGUGUUGGAUAUCAUGAAACUCUCCCCGGUUUUUGUCCACGCGUGUAGAGUCUCUGUGAGUCUACAGAGACCGUUGAUCCCCUGGAGAAGCUCGUUACCGGGGAACAGGACAGGGUUUUCGCUGCCGGUUCGGCGCGCGGCGUCCAGCAGCAUCGGCGGUACCGGAGCUUCAGAACCGGCUUCCAGCUCGAGUUGUGAGCAAACCGGAGACACGAGGGCACAUAUCGUCCGAGAGAUCCUCCAGAGGAGCAGAGAGGAGCUCGCUGCUGUAGUGAAAACUCACCCAGGUAUCAAACCCACCCUGGCCAUCAUACAGGCAGGUGAAGAUGACACUUUACUGGACAUCAAUAAGAAGAUGGCAGGAAAGGUCGGACUGAACGUGACGCAGAUCUGUCUGCCGAGCCUCUGCACGCAGGAUGAGGUCAUAGAGGAGGUGCUGAGGCUGAACGACGACCCGAACGUUCACGGCGUGUUCCUGUGUCUUCCUCCAUCUUUCCUUCCCCGCAGAGUUCUCAACUCCAUCAAACCUGAGAAAGAUGUGGAUGGGGUCUCGGACCUGAACGUGGGCCGACUGGUGUCAGGAGGUCUGUCUGAAGGCUUUCUCUCCCCGGUAACAGGAGCAGUGUUGGAGCUGCUGGACAGACACGCUGCUCCUCUGGCUGGGAAGAAGGCGGUGCUGGUGGGUCUGGACGGGCCUCUGAAUGCGGUGCUCCAGUGUCUGCUGCAGAACCAAGGUGUAAAGGUGCAGAUGAGCCGCUGGAGCUCAGAGCAGCUGCACAAGCAGGUGAAGGAGGCUGAUGUGGUCGUGUUGAUGGGAGACGAACACACGACUCUCCCAAACACCUGCUUCAAACCUGGAGUGACCCUCAUUAACUGUGGCCCUGCGUUACUCCCAGCGUUCUCUGCACACGACAAGAAGCCUGAGGCUGAAUCCUGGCCAGAUGUUGGAAUCAUAAGCGCAGCUGUCAGGAUGCAGAACGUGGUGAAGAGCAGCAGGAGGUGGGUGGAAGGUCAGCAGUAUCAGCCAUGGAAGCUCCGUCCCCUGAAGCUCCAGCCGCUGUGUCCUGUCCCCAGUGACAUCGAGAUCUCCCGAGCUCAGACUCCGAAGCCCGUAGUGCAGCUGGCGGAGGAAAUCGGCUUGUUGCCAGAGGAGUUGGAGGCGUACGGACGCUCAAAAGCCAAGGUUCAGCUCUCGGUACUCAAACGCCUGCAACAGCAACCUGACGGCAAAUACGUCCUGGUAGCAGGCAUCACUCCGACUCCUCUUGGUGAAGGGAAGAGCACAGUGACGAUCGGUCUGGUCCAGGCUCUCUCAGCUCAUCUCAAACUCAACUCUUUCGCCUGCCUCAGACAACCAUCUCAGGGUCCUACAUUCGGAGUCAAAGGUGGAGCAGCAGGUGGAGGAUAUGCUCAGGUUAUCCCUAUGGAGGAGUUUAAUCUCCACUUGACCGGUGACAUUCAUGCCAUUACAGCAGCUAAUAACCUGGUGGCUGCAGCCGUGGACGCGCGAAUGCUACACGAAGCCACGCAGUCUGAUAAGGCCCUGUAUAAAAGACUCGUGCCCUCAGUUAAUGGAGUGAGACGCUUCUCUUCCAUCCAGCUGAAGCGACUGUUGCAUCUUGGAAUCGACAAAUCGGACCCUAGCACCCUCACGCCUGAGGAGAUCCGCGCCUUCGUCCGGCUGGACCUCGACCCCGCGAAGGUCACGUGGCAGAGAGUUGUAGACACCAACGAUCGUUUCCUGCGGAAGAUCACGGUUGGCCAGGGCAACACGGAGAAAGGCCACAGUCGGCAGACUCAGUUUGAUAUCGCAGUGGCGAGUGAGAUCAUGGCGAUUCUGGCUCUGACUGACGGUUUGGCUGAUAUGAAGGUGCGUCUGGGCCGCAUGGUGGUGGGCAACAGCAGGAGCGGGCAGCCAGUAACAGCUGAUGAUCUCGGUGUAACUGGAGCUCUGGCUGUGCUGAUGAAAGAUGCCAUCAAACCCACUCUGAUGCAGACGCUGGAGGGCACGCCGGUGUUUGUGCACGCCGGACCAUUUGCCAACAUCGCACACGGAAAUUCGUCAGUGCUGGCGGAUCAGCUGGCUCUCAAACUGGUUGGAGAGAACGGCUAUGUGGUAACGGAGGCAGGUUUCGGAGCAGACAUCGGCAUGGAGAAGUUCUUCAACAUUAAAUGCCGAGCCUCUGGCCUGAAGCCUGAUGUUGUGGUGUUGGUGGCCACCAUCAGGGCUCUGAAGAUGCACGGAGGAGGUCCGAAUGUAACAGCUGGAGUGCCGCUCCCCAAAGAAUACACAGAGGAGAAUCUAAAGCUGGUCUCCGAAGGCUGCAGCAACCUAAAGAAACAGAUCCAGAUUGCUCGUCUGUUUGGCGUUCCCGUGGUUGUGGCGCUCAAUGUCUUUAAGACCGACACAGAGGCUGAGAUCGAGCUGGUGUGUCAUACGGCUGAGGUUUCAGGGGCAUCGGCGGCUGUGCCAUGUCAUCACUGGGGGCGGGGCGGAUGUGGCGCCGUGAACCUGGCACACGCCGUGAAGGAAGCAGCAUCACAGACGAGCCAUUUCCGCUUCCUGUACAGCCUUCAGAGCCCCAUUGUGGAGAAAAUCCGCACUAUUGCACAGCAGGUUUAUGGCGCUGAUGACAUCGAGUUAUCGUCUGAAGCACAAACAAAAAUUGGCGAAUACACACGGCAGGGCUUUGACUCUCUACCUAUUUGCAUGGCCAAAACACACCUGUCUCUCUCUCACAUGCCGGACAAAAAGGGCGUGCCCACCGGCUUCAUCCUGCCAAUUAGAGACAUCCGUGCCAGCAUAGGGGCGGGGUUUAUUUAUCCUCUGGUUGGAACGAUGAGCACCAUGCCUGGUCUUCCUACACGCCCUUGUUUCUAUGACAUCGAUCUCGAUCCUGUAACCGAGGAGAUUUCGGGGCUCUUUUAACCAUCAACAAUUCCCACACACUCAACAGUGUCUCACCUCACCUUAAUAUCUCGGGUUGAUGUCUGAUGGUUCCAGCCACCUGGAGCAGACACACCCUAUCUUCAGGAACAAAAGUUCUUUCAGUAGCAUCUGAACAUUGUCCAUCAAUUCAUUAUACAGAGAUUGCAAAAAUGAGAACUCUAGUUUGUUUGUUUCUUUCUUUCUUUCUUUCUUUCUUUCUUUCUUCACAAUUUACUGCAGUUUAUUUUUUACAGAUUUAUUAUUUUAUUAUAUUCGAUCAUAUUUUCUAAUGUCAUUGAUUCCAAGUAUUUGGUUGCAGUUUCUUUAUUGCACAAAUUCGUGUUGAGUUCAGAUUUCAUCCUCAAUCAAUUUUAUUUUUCCCAGCUUGUGUGUUUUAAAUCCAGUUUGCACAGUUGGUCAAAUUUUAUGGAUUUAUGGAAAAACCCUUGAGUUACUAUCUGAAUCAUAUGUAAAUUGAUUUUGGUUGGUCUUUUUUUUUAAAUUCAGUUGUCACAUGUAUUUAUAAUUCUGAUAUACACUGUACACUUCUAAUACAGCUGUGAUCACCCCGUCGUCAUUACGUCACAGCAGUCUUGAUUUUGUCAUUACAUUGCCUCAGUAGUCAUUAUAUCACCACAGUCAUCAUUAUAUCACCAUUGUCAUUCUCACCAGUCUCGAUUCUGUCAUUACAUCACAGCAAUCAUCAUUACAUCACCACAGUCAUCAUUACAUCAGUGCUGUCAUUAUGUCACAGCAGUCAUUACAUCAGUGCUGUCAUUAUGUCACAGCAGUCAUUACAUCAGUGCUGUCAUUGUCACAACAGUCAUCAUUACAUCAGUUCUGUCAUUAAGUCACAACAGUCAUUACAUUAGUGCUGUCAUUAUGUCACAGCAGUCAUUACAUCAGUGCUGCCAUUAUGUCGCAACAGUCAUUACAUCAGUGCUGUCAUUAGGUCACAACGGUCAUUAUUACAUCAGUGCUGUCAUUACGUUACCACUGACAUUGUUGCGUCCCCACAGUCUUGAUUUUGUCAUUAAGUCACCACAUGACCAUGAUUGUCACCACAGUCAUUACAUCACUGCUGCCAUUAUGUCACAUCAGUCAUCACUGUCACCACAGUCUUGAUUUUGUAAUUGUUACCACAGUCGUUUUUUCUACUUGUGCCUUGACAUGCUUUUGUAUGUCUUGUAAUAAAUUUUAAAUAGUUAA